GAUGCAGAGUGACACGCAUAUGGGCGGCCAUGAGACCUUUUGUACACAUUGAAAACAAAAAACAAGAGACAUUGUCAAGAUGUUACUGCUAUCGGUAACACUGCUUCUUCUUCACCAAGGAUAUACGCUGGCUCCAGUGACUACAGUUCAACUUGGUGAAUCUGCAACCUUAACGUGUGCUCUGCCUAAUACUGAGUUAAAACGCAAUGACCUCCGCUGGUACAAGCAGAGUGCUGGAGAGACUCUGACAUUAAUUGUGACACUGCUCGAAUCCUCCAAACCUAAGUUUGCACCAGGGUUUUCUGACUCAAAAUUGGAGGUAAAUACUGGAAACAAUUUAAGCACCCUGACCAUUCGGAGGACAAUCCCAGAAGAUGAAGGAAUGUAUCACUGCUUAAUCGAGGACUGGAUUAGGAAUCCGGGAUGGAGUGGGACAUAUUUGUUACUAAAAGGAAACACUCAGAGGACUUUAGACUAUUCUGUUCAGUGGCCGACAUUAUCUGAUCCGGCUCCUCAAGAAAACUCGAUGACCCUUCAGUGUUCGGUCCUCUCUAAAUCUAAAAAUAAAACAUGUCCAGGAGACAUCAGUGUGUUCUGGUUUAGAGCGGGAUCAAAUAAAUCUCAUCCUAGCAUCAUCUACAGUGAUGGAAGAAGACAAGAGGAAUGUGAGAAGUUGCCGGACACUCAGAAGAGUUGUGUUUAUCGCUCCUCAAAGAACUUCAGCUCAUCUGAUGCCGGGACUUACUACUGUGCUGUGGCCACAUGUGGAGAGAUAUUAUUUGGAGAUGUUACACAUCCGCAAUUAGAGAAAACUGCAAGUCCUGAAGUUGUUGCACUGGUGAUAGCGAUCGUCUGCUUGGUCAUUUCUGUGAUUGGAAACAUUGUUUUCUUCUGUUGCCGAACUUCAAAAUGUAAAGGAAUAGAAAACCCCACUGGGCAAGCAAGAUAUGACAACUCAAGCCUACCAGUGCAUGAUAUGAUUGAAGGGGGAAAUGAUCUGAACUAUGCUGCCCUUCAUUUCUCUGGAAGGAAGGCUACAAGAGGAAGAAAUAGGAGUGAUUUGACGACUGAAGAAAAACCGGCUUACGGUCUUUUGGUGAUUUACAGACUGACGAUGUAUUUCUGCUUCUGCCGUCUGUGGUCUCGGCCAUUAGUGUGAUUGUUAUAGCCAUCCUUAUUCACGCCAUCAAGGAAAAACAAGUGUGAUUAUUGCCAUGACAAGGGUAAGUAUAGUCCCUCUCUAUAUCUCUUAUUAGCUGAUGCUAAUAUCAGUAUUUAUAAAAACUAGGUUAUCGUUAUCGAUUUCUAAAUUCCUUUUGUUCAUAUUGUAGCUGCCGUGUCCCUGCAAGAAAAUGUUGCAAAAAUAAAUGUAAAGGUAAGUUCACUAUUGCAAAAAACGUAUCAUGCAUUUUGAUCAGUUUUGACCAAGUUCGUUCUUGUCUGUAUUACAUUUCCUCAGAGAAAUGAAGACCCAUGGAUGUAUUCUACUGUCGUCUUUACCGUCAUGGAAACCAGCAUUGGUGUAACUAGGGAGGGAAGAGCAGCAAAGAGAGGAUCUACGCUGCUGCCAAAGCUUUUGGAACGGAUUAGCUUGUUAGAAGUGGACUCCGCUAGGGCUGACACAUAUUUGUUUUGCUCACAGAUCGGACAGCAAGCGGAUAAUGAGAUUUAUCCUGAAUUUGACAAUUGUAUUGCAUUAAAUAAGCAGACUGCAGCUUGCCUGUUUGAGUUUUAAAGCUAAAAGCUGUUAUACUAUGUGUGAUUUAGAUUGCAUUGAGCCUAUGAUGUUUAUCUGGAAUAUUCUUUUGUUCAUAUGCUUACAUGUAAAAAUACUUGAUUAAAAUAA